UCAAUGUUAUCGAUGUGUCGAGUCAUUGUUUUGUUUUGGUUCCUGAUCAACUCGCCUAAAAUUCGAGCAUCAUGAGUUUUCUGUUUAUACUUAGUUGGAUUUCAUUAGCUAUACAGAUCACUUUCAUAACAUUAUCGAUAGUGGCUGGGCUCUACUAUUUGGCCGAACUGGCAGAGGAGUACACAACGCCAGCUCGACGUUGUAUACUAUUCAUGAUUAGUUUCACAAUAUUUGUAUACCUUCUCCUGAUAUGCUUUGAGGACUUCUCAUGGACCAUGAUGCUGUGUGGAUUAGUAGCGCAAGGCUUCCAUUUCAGUAUAAUGAAUAAUUUCCCCUUCAUACAAUUGCUUUCGGUGCCAUUAAUUGGCUCCGUGGCAAUGCUGGUGAUUAAUCAUGUGCUCGCAUUUCAAUAUUUCACUAGCGUCUAUGUACCCUUCACACAGGUACUUGCCUACUUUACCAUCUGCCUAUGGAUGGUUCCCUUUGCUCUGUUCGUCUCGCUCAGCGCCAACGACAAUGUGCUGCCCACUACGGUCAGUGGAAAUGAUCGGCUGAUGGGCAGCAGCAAUCCGGAUGUGGUCAGCAAUUACUUUUCGCGCAAUAAGAAAGUUGGAUUGCUAUCGUUCUUCAACUAUAUUAAGGAGACGUUGCUGCCGGGUCGCAGCAAGAAAUCAUUUUAGCUAGGAUAACUAAAGACUUGAUAAUCAAAUGUGUAAAAAAUAUCGGGCGUAAUCCCUAGUUA